AUGCUCCGUCUGCAUGCAAUCGCCGCUCAUCCCCUCCCUCACCGUCACUGCCCCCCGCCCACCCAUCGUCUCCUCCCGCCUUCAUCCCGCCCCCCAGUGUGUCGGCCCUUCCCCUCGUCGCUCUUCACGUUGCCCGGGCCGCUCCCCGACAAGGACUUCCCCGCCGCGCUGCGCUGCUGCGCGCAGCUGCCGCCCAUCGCCGCCAUCGCCAACGCUCCCCGCGUCCCACCAUGGCACGGCGGCAUACCCGUGCCUGCCCUCCGCCUGCUGGCAUGGGUCCUCUCGCCUCUCAUACCCUCCCCGCCCUCACUCGCCGCCACCCAAGGCGCACUCGCGCCCACUCUCCACCAUGCCGUCCCCCAGGACAAGCAGCAGCAGCAGGAUGGGCGUGCCGUGCAGCAGGGGCGGCUGCAUGUGGUGCGGGUGGGGGAUGUGCAGGGCACGUUGGCCAAGGUGCUGACGUCAUGGCAGAUGGGCAUGCUGAAAUCAUCGCCAGCUGCAGCUGGGGGGCGCAAUGUGUUGCCACAGUGCUUGCUAAUGGUGGGGUGUGCUGGAGGUGGGGAUUGCUGGAGGUGGGGCUUGGUGGAGGUGGGGCUUGGUGGAGGUGGGGCUUGGUGGAGGUGGGGCUUGGUGGAGGUGGGGCUUGGUGGAGGUGGGGCUUGGUGGAGGUGGGGCUUGCUGGAGGUGGGGCUUGCUGGAGGUGGGGCUUGCUGGAGGUGGGGCUUGCUGGAGGUGGGGCUUGCUGGAGGUGGGGCUUGCUGGAGGUGGGGCUUGGUGGAGGUGGGGCUUGCUGGAGGUGGGGCUUGCUGGAGGUGGGGCUUGCUGGAGGUGGGGCUUGCUGGAGCUUCGUGCAUGCUCCAUUCCCUUGCACCCAUGCUCCCACUCCGUGCGUCUGCCCGUGCCUUGCCCUGCCGCGCUUGUUUGCCCCAUGUCGCCCAGCUCGUCACAUCCUCGCCACCCACUGCCACUGCACAUGGCCCGGUAGGAGCCACGGGUGCUGGAGGCAUGGCAGGCAGUGGCAGCGGCAGCAGGGAUGGGUUUGAGGCGAUGGCAAGGGCGCAUGGCAGCGUGAUGGCGUUCCAUGGCACGCCAUCGGAGAACAUGCACGGCAUCCUGCGCUGCGGUCUGUUGAACCUGUCGCGCACGGCACUGCAGCGCAACGGCAGCAUGCACGGGGAGGGCAUCUACCUCUCCACCGACCCCACCGUCGCCUUCACCUUCUCACAGACCGCCGACGCCACUCACGCACUUCCCUCCCUUGCCCCGCCUUCCCUUCCCCCCUCAUCAAGCACCGGCCCGCUCUCCCCUGGCCCUGAUGGGUGGCAGUGCUCUGAGCUGGGUGCGGCGCCGCGCUUCGUGCUGCUGUGUGAAGUCAUCACAGGCCAUGGCGUCAGAUGCUCCACCCCCUCACCCGCUGCUCCUGCCUGUGGGAAGCUGGAGUCACAGCAAGGCGCACAGCAGCAGGCUCAAGGGGAGCAGCAGCAGCAGCAGCAGCAGCAGCAGCAGCUGGGCACAUACGUGGUGGUGGAGAACCCUUGCAUGCUGCGCAUCCGCUACAUCAUGGUCUACACCACUGCCCCUGCUGCCACCCCUCCACUGCACCCCACACCGCCCUUAGCGGCAGGAUCACCUGUGCAGCACACUGUUCCAGCAUCAUCAUCAUCAUCAUCAGCAGCAGCAGCAGCGUUGCCAUCACCGGGUGCCUCUCCUCCUGGCUCCUCGUCAGUUCCAUCAGCCUAUGCAGGUUCACCAACCUCAGUGCUAGAUACUGCGUCUGUCUCCUCCACUCCUCUGCCGUCCUCCCUCCCCUGCACCCAGCAAUGCCUGUUAGAGCAACCCUGCCUUGCCGCGCACCUGUCUUCCUUGCCAGCUGCCACUGUGGUGUCUGGUGGAGCAGCAUGUGUGCAGGUCUCAGGCGCGCAAGGCAGGGCGGCAUGUGGAGGGCGGCACUGUGGGGUGUAUGGGAGCGCGGAGUGCAGUGGCAGGGAGCUAGGCACGCGUGCAAGUGAAAGCCAGUCAGCAGCGGAGUGCUCUGGAAUGACAAGGGAUGCAGGCACGGCAAGAGGGGGUGCAGCAGGACCAGCUGGAGUGCGGCAAGACGUCCGGGCGUUGACUGAGGCGUGCGAGGGAGGCGAGGGAGUGGGGAGAGGGGUUGCUGAUGGGAUGGGCAGCAGAGACGCAAGGCAAGCCAAUGGUGGCUUGAGUCAAGGGGGGCAGGGUAGGGGUGCAGUUGCAUCUGAGAGAGAGUUGGAAGAAUUCCGCAAGAAGCAGCAGCAGAAGCAGCAGCAACAGCAGCACGAUCCGGCGGCUAAACCCGACGCAGUGGUCGACGUGUCCAAGGCGAGCGACGGGGGGCCCCUCGAUCCGUCGGAUCCUGAUUCCGCCGCCAAUGCUGGCGCCUCUUCCGCAUCCGCAUCGCCAGCCAUGGACGUCCCGCCAUCUCUCGCGCCCGUGUCCGUCGAUUUUGCGCCAUCUGACGGCGAGGACGCGGCGGGCGACGGCGACUUCCAGACGCCCACCGGGUCGCCGUCCAGCGUGCGCAGCGGCGGCAGCAGCGGCCAGCGCACGGCGGCGCUGGUGGCGCGCAGCCGCGCGUUCGUGAGCAUGGCGCAGGGCUUCAUCGCGCAGGCGGCGUUGGACAAGCCACAGAGGGACGCGCUAGAGGCAAAGCUGCAGGAGCUCAGACACCACGCCGCCGAGCACCACGUGCCGCCCGCCAACGACGACGCCUCCCAGUCGCUCUUCCCAGACGCUGACGUGGCAAGCAUGCAGGCGCGGCUGCAGGAGGCAGAGGCGGACGCGCAGCGGAGCAAGGCGGAGGCGGAGGCGGCGAAGGCAGCGGUGGGGGAGGCGCGCGCGGAGCAGAGCAAGGCGGAGGAGCGGGUGGGGGUGCUGCGGGAGAAGCUGCAGAUGGCGAUCAAGCGCGGCAAGGAGGCGGUGCAGCAGCGCGACUCGCUGCGCGAGGCCGUGGCGGGCAAGGAGCAGGCGCUGCAGGCGGCGGGCGGCGAGCUGGCGGCGGAGAAGGCGGCGCACGCGGAGACGCGCGAGCGGCUGGCGCGGAUGGAGGAGGAGCUGGCGGUGCGCAUGGUGCGCGUGCAGCAGGAGAUGAUGGGCGAGAUCGACGCCGCGGAGCGCAGGCGCGUGGCGGAGCAGGCGACGCUGCGCGAGGAGCUGAGCGGCGCAGAGAGGCGCGCGAAGGAGGCGGAGCAGAAGGCGCGCGAGGUGGGGAAGAAGCUGGCGGCGUCGGAGAUCAAGGGGCUGUCGCUGGAAGGCGACGCCAGUAAGGCCAAGGCGCGCGCCGACGCUGCUGUGCGCAGAGAGAAGGAGGCGGAGGGCAAGCUGGCUGCUGCCUUAGAGGAGCGCCGGGAGUUGGAGGCGCGGUUGGCAGCAGCGGAGGCGGCAGUGCGGCAGACAGCGCAGCAGGGCGAGGAGGUGCGCGAGCGCCUGGCGUCUCUGCAGGCGCACAUGCGCCCGCACCUCACUGCGCUCUCCGCCAACCUCGCUUCCGCCCUCGCCGCUGCCACGGCGGCUGCUGGCGGCAGCAAGGACGCAGGCAGCAACGGCGCGCAGGGCGAGGAGGAGGGCGAGGGCGCGGUGGGGACGUGGGGCGGCAUGGAGGCGUGGGUGGACGACCGCAUGGAGGGGCUGCUGGAGACAGCAGAGCGGGUGGCCGCGCAGGUGGCGCGGGGCGUGGGCGCGCGCGAGCAGGAGGUGCAGGAGCUGCGCGCGGAGGUGAGUCGCGCGGAGAAGGAGAAAGGCGAGGCGCGUGAGCGGCUGAGCAAGGCCAUGACGAUGGGGAAGAAGAUGGAGAAGCAGAGAGAUGAGCUCAAAGCUAAGCUCAAAGACGCUCAGACGCAGCUCCUGCACCUGAGCGAGGAGCACGCAGGCACGGAGGGCGAGGGGGAGGCGGCGCAGCAGGUGAGGCGCGCGGAAGAGCAGGUGGUGGCGCUGACGGCAGCCGUGGCGAAGGCGCAGGGGGAGGCGCAGCAGGCGAAGGGAGAGGAGGAGCGCGCGAGGGAGGAGCUGGAACGCGUUCAGGCGGCGAUGGCGGAGGUGCAGGGUGAGGCGGAGAGGGUGAGGCGCGAGUUGGAGGAGGCUGUGAGGCGCGCGGAGGAGCAGAGCGCGGAGUGGCAGGGCAAGGCGCAGGCAGGGCAGGCGCAGGCGGAUGCGGUGGCGAAGGAGGUGGAGGGGGUGCGGGAGGAGAUGGGGAGGGCGGCGGAGCAGUGGAGUGAGCGAGUGCGAGCGCUGGAGAGCGAGGUGGGCGAGCUGCAGACGAAGGUGCAUGCUGCACGCGGGGAGGUGGAGGAGGCGAGGCAGGCAGCGGAGGAGCAUGCUAGGGCUGUGCAGGCGAAAGCGGAGGAGCAUGCUAGGGCUGUGCAGGCGAAAGCGGAGGAGAUGGCUACGGCUGAGAGAGAGGUGGAGCAGCUGCGAGAACAGGUGCAGGCGGGGCGAGGCGAGGCAGAGAGGCUGAGAGUGGAGGAGGCUGCUAUGACGGAGAGAGCGGUUGCUGCAGAGGCCCGCGCAGAGGCUCUGGCGGAGGAGGGUGCGGCUGCCAAGGCAAGGGCUGACGCCCUGGAGGUAGACUUGGCGGAGCUGCGCUCACAGCUGGUGGAGGCGAGGGCAGCCGCGGAGAGUGCUCGAGGAGAGGUGGAGGCACUCCAAAGGGAGGCGGAGGGCGUGCAGGCGCGGGUGGAAGAGGGCGAGCGGGACCGCGAGCAGCUGAGGGUUGUGGGCGAGGCAGAGGCGGCGGCGAGGGGGGCAGCGGAGGAGAAGGUGAGGAGCCUGGAGGCGGAGGUGGCACGGCUGGUGGAGGAGGGGCAGCAGAGAGAGCAGGCGGUGGAGGAGGCAGUGCAGGCAAGGGAGCGAGCAGAGGGCGCGGUGGAGGCGGAGAAGGAGGCGCGGCUGGAGGAGGUAGCGCGCAAGGAGAAGCAGGUGGUGGAGGAGCAGGGCGUGGCCGCUCAGCUGAGAGCUGCACUGGCGGAGUCCGAGAGGCAGCACAGGGGAGUGAAGCAUGCUCGCUCUCUUACCAACCACACUGCUCUUCGUUAUGCACACGUGCUUCUUGUGCUCUGCUCGCCAGCCGCUCCAAGCGCUCGUGUCCAGCAUUCUUCUGUGCCUCAUUCCCCUCCCAUGCGUGUCCUGCAGGCGCGGGUGGCGGAGAUGGAGGCGCAGGUUGCGCAACUGCAGGCACAGGCGGAGCAGCAUGCAGCGGAGGCGCAGGCAGCAGGCAGCGGGCAGGAGGAGGCGGCGGGGCGGGUGGCAGCGCUGCAGGCAGAGGUGAAGGAGACGGCAGAUGCACUGGAGGCGAUGAGGGCUCUCAAGGCAGCAGCAGACACGGCGCUCAGUGAAGCAGUUGCUGAAGCAGAGGCUGCGAGGGAGCAGCACAGGGAGGCGCUGGCUGCUGUGGAGGCAGAGCGGGAGGAGGCGAAGGCGAGAGUAGUGGCGUUGGAGCAGGAGGUGGAGAGUGUGAGGCAGCAGGUGGGUGAUGCACAGCAGGCUGCUGCUGCCGCGUUGGCUGAGAGGGACGAGGCGAGGCGGGAGGCGGAGGGGUUGAGAGAGGACGUGGAGCGGGCGCAGGCGACGGUGGAAGCGAGUGCUGGGGAGAGGGCACACGAAGUGCAGGCAGUGACAGAUAAGGCUGCUGAGGAGGAGGUGCGGAGAGUGGCGGCGGAGCAGAGGCAGAGCGAGAUGGAGCGGGAGGUGGCAGAGAGUGCAGCGCGGUUGAGAGCGUUGCAGGAGGAGGUGGAACGAGUGGAGGGGGAGAAGAAGCGCGCGGAGGAGAGGGUCGCGGAGAUGGAGAGGCAGGUGGCGCAGAUGGAGGAGAGUGUGCGAGCAGCGAGUGGCGAGGCGGAGGGCAAGCAGCAGGAGGUGGUUCGCUUGCAGGAGGAGCUGCGAGCAGCGCAGGAGGUGGUGGGGGCGAAGGAGAGCGAGAUGGCGGAGGCGAGGCAGAUGGCGAGUGAUCUCAAGGAAGAGCUGGGCAGGGAGAAGGAGAGGCGCGAGCAGGCCGAGGCGCAGGCUGAGGAGCUGAAGAAGUCGGGUGGGGGGAAGGGUGAGAGCGGUGGUGGGGAAGAGGUGGUGCAGGAGCAGCAGGCGGUGGGCAAGGCGGAGAGGGGGCUGCGGAUGCAGGUGGAGGAGAAGGAGAAGCACGUGGCACGGCUGAAGGAUCGCAACGACAUGCUGGGCAGCGAGGUGAAGAAGCUCAAGGCGGAGAUUACACGCCUGGAGGGCGAGGUGGGGGACAGGGGCGGGAAGAAGGGGAAGAAGGGGGGAGGGGGAGAUGCGAAGGUGAGGGCGGAGAGGGAUGCGCUGCAGAAGCGCGUGAAUGAGGCGGAUGGCGAGGUGAAGGCGCUCAAGAAGCAGGUCGAGGCGAGCGAGGCGGCUGUGGCGAGGGUAGAGGCGGAGAGGGAGGGCGCGGUGGCUGCUGCUGUGAAGAAGGCGAGCGAGGAGGCAGAGCAGACUAGGGAAGACGCUGAGAGGCGCGUGAGCGAGGCGCAGGGCGAGGUGCAGGUGAUGAAAGUGCAGGUGACGGAGUUGGAGAGAGCUGUGGAGGAGGCAAGGGGGACGGCUGAGGAGGCGAGGAAAGAGGCUGAGAGGGAGCGAGAGGCGGGUGAGCAGAGGUUGGGAGAAGUGCGGGCGGCUUUGGAAGAGGUGGAGGGGGAGAAGAAAGCAGUGGAGGAGAGGCUUCUAGAGGUGCAGGGAGAGGUGGCGAAGACAGGUGAGGUGGUGGAGGGGCUGCGAGAGGAGGUGCAGGCUGUGAGGAGGGAGAUGGAGGCGAAAGAGACAGAGUGGGUGCGAGAGCGAGAGGUUGAGAGGGAGAAGGAAAGGGAGAGGGAGGCAGAACGAGAAGCUGAGCGAGAGGCAGAGAGAAAGGAGAGGGAGAAGGAGAAGGAAGAGGAAAGACGGCGGGUGGAGGAGGAGAAGGAGGUGGAGAAGAAGCAAGAGGUAGCAAAGGUGCAAGAGGAGGCGGACGCUAAACUACGGACGAUAGAGGAGGAGAGGCAGCAGGCAGAGGCGUCAUGGCGAGCAGAGGAGUCAGAGCUGAGGGCGCAGGUGGCAGCUCUGGAGGAGAAGGCGCGAGAGCUGUGUGCGGAGUUGGAGCGGGUGAGGGGCGAGCAUGCAAAGGACGUGGAGGAGCGGUGCCAGGCACAGACAGCGGUGGAGGCGAGCAGGGCCGCACUGGAGGCAGAGGUGGCGAGGCUGCAGGAGCAUGCAGGGGCUGCUGCAACGAUGGUGGAAGCAGGCCUGCAGGCGCGUGUGGAGGCGGAGCAGGCAGUGGUGAGACAGUUGCAAGCGGAGGUGUCAGGCUUACAGGAGACGAUUGCAGUGGUGCAGAAGGAGAGCGAGGCAGUGACAGCUGCUGGUGCUGAAACGGGAGCAGAGAGAGACAGGCUGGCGGAGGAGCGGGAUGAACUUGAUGGGGCACUGAAGAAGCUCCAGGGAGAAGUGACAGAGUUGAAGGAAUCGGUUUUGGCUCUGGAGAGCGAGAGAGAUACAGUGAAGGGUGCACUUGCUGCAGCAGAAGAGGAGAGGGAGGGAGUGAGAGAGGAGCGGGAGAGAGUGCAGAUGGAGAAGGGUGAACUGGAAGCAGCAGUGAUGAGAGUGCAGGGCGAAGUGGAGGAAGCACGCAAGUCAAUUGCGGCACUGGAGGUGGAGUGUGGAGCUGCGAGGGACGCACAGAGAGCAGUGGCAGAGGAGAGGGACGCUGAGAAAGAGGAGAGGGGGCGAUUGGAGGGUGCAGUGAAGGAGCUGCAGGGCCGGGUGGAUCACUUGACAGGGCAGCUGCAGGAGGCGGAGGGCGGUGCGGGCAAGGCACAGGCAGAGGCGGAGGCGGAGGCGGAGGCAGGGCGGUGGCGGGAGGAGGCGGAGAAGGCGGAGGCAGCGGUGGCGGCGGUGCGGGAGAAGCUGCACAAGGCGGUGCGCAAGGGCAAGGCCAUGGAGGACGCCCGGCUGCAGGCCGAACGGACGGCAGAAGAGGAGAGGACACGGCUGCAGAAGGAGGUGCAGGCGAGGGAAGGCGAAGUGGCGCAGUGCAAGCAGAGGAUUGGCGAGGUGGAGGCACUGCUGGAGGCGGAGAAGAGCCGGAGGGUGGAGGGCGAGAGGCGAGGUGCUGCGAUGGCGGAGCUUGAGGCACGGCUGAGCACAGCGGAGCAGGCGCUGGCGGCGAAGGAAGCAUGGGAGGAGGAGACGCGAGCAGUUAGUGAGGAGUGGGCGGGCAAGCAGGCAGCAUGGGAGAGGAGGGAAGGUGAGAUUGUGAGGGAGAAGGAAUUGGUGGUGGAGCAGUUGCAGCAAGUGAGGCAGCAGGCGGAGGACUUGAGUAGCGAGGUGAAACGCAAAGAGGAGGAGCAACAGGCGGCACAGUGUGCAUGCGAGGAGGCAGAGAAGGAAUGUGAGAAGCUGAGGGCGGAGGUUGAGGGGCUUCAGACCCAGGCAGCAGCUCUACAGGCCGCAGCGGCCGCUGCCACAGCGAUGGCUGAGGAGCUGGCAGCACAGAGUGCCGGGCAGGCGGAUGGGCAGCACGGGGCGGCAGAGGCAGAGGUGGUGCAGCAGGCACUGCGGCAUGCAGAGGAGCGAGAGCGGGAGAAGGAGCAGCAGGUGGAGCGGCUGGUGGGCGAGGUGCGUGCUGCUGUGGCGGCGAGGGAGGCGGCUGAGACGAGUGUUGAGGAGCUGCGAGGCAAGGUGGUGGGUGCAGAGGCCAAGGUGGUCGAGCUGGAGGGGCAACUGCAGCAGCUGCAGCACACCAACGCAGCGCCAGCAGGCAAUGGAACAGCAGACACACUACCCAACACAGCGGAGGCGAAGGAGGGAGGUGGCAAGGCGCCGGCGGAGGCGGAGGCGGGGCGGUGGCGGGAGGAGGCGGAGAAGGCAGAGGCAGCGGUGGCGGCGGUGCGGGAGAAGCUGCACAAGGCGGUGCGCAAGGGCAAAGCCAUGGAGGACGCUCGCAUGCACGCUGAGCGGACGGUGGCGGCACUGCAGCAACAGCUGGAGACAGCACAGGCCAAGGUGCAGGCGCUUCAGGGCGAGAUGCAGCAGGUGCAGGGCACGGCAGCUGCAGAGACAGAAGAGGCCGGGCGGUUGAGGGGCGAGGUGACCGCACUUGAGAGGGAGGUGGGGGAGUUGAAGGGCGCGGUGGAGCGAGCACAGGAGGAGACGAGCAGGGUGCAGGCGGAGGCAGAGCAGCAGGUGAAUGGCGCACGAGAGGAGGUGGCAACAUGGAAGGCGCAGGUGGACGCAGCGGAGGCGGAGAGUAGGCGACUGGAGGACGUGGUGAAGGGUGCGCAGGCGGAGAGGGAGGAUGAGGGGAGCCGCGGAGAGGGGGCGAGUGCACGCGUGGGCGAGCUGGAGGCAGAGGUGGGACGGUUGAGGGAGGAGGUGAAGAAGAAGGAGGAGGAAGGGAAGAGGCGGGAGGAGAACAUAAAGAAGAAAGCAGUUGAGAAGAUGAGGAAGGCGGAGGAGGACGCCAGGAAGAAGGUGGAGCCUGAGGUCACUGCACUCAAGGCUGAGCUGGCUGCCGCCCAGGACAGGCUGGCUCAAUCACAGGCUGAGGUGGCGAAGGCAGUGGAUGAGCUGGAGCAGGUUCGGCACGAGUCAAGAGAACUUCGUGAGAAGGUGCAGGAGGUGGAGGGGAGGGAGGCGAGUGCAUGCGGGAGAGUGGGGGUGUUGGAGGAGCGGGUGGGCGAGCUGGAGAGGGAAGCGCAAGAGCAGAGGCAGGCAGCAGAGGAGGCGAUGGCAGCGUGUGUGGCGGAGUGGCAGAGCAAGGUGGAGGAGUCAGAGCGAGGUCGGGCCAGCAGUGCGCAGCAAGUGGUUGCACUGGAGCAAGCGCUGGCGCAGGAGCAGCAGCAGGCGGCGACAGCAACGGAGCAGGCGGAGAGGUGGAGGGAGGAGAGUGAGAGGAGGGCAGUGGAGGGGCAGCGAGCGGAGGAGCUGAGAGUGGAGGCGGAGAAGGGUCUUGCUGUGGCCUCCCAGCGCGUGGAAGAGGUGGAAGGGCAGUUGCAAAAGGCGAAGUUUGCGGUGCGCCAAUGGGAGGAGGAGAGGAGGCAGGCGAGGGAGGAGGUGCAGGUGCUGCAGGGGCAGGUGGAGGCGCAGCAGGCUCAACUGGUGGAGGUCACAGCCAAGCUCGACGCUGCCCUCGCUGCUGCUGCUGCUGGAGCAGGAGGCGAGGAGAGGCCUGCAGCUGGACUGGUGGCCGCAGGGAGCGAUGGUGGUGUGGAGAAGGUGCUGAGGGAGAGUGAAGCGACCACGGGUGCAGCACAGGUGCGUGAGGAGGAGCGGCAAGAGCAUGAGCGGCAGGUGGGGGCGGUAAAGGAGUUUGGGGAAGUGCAGGAGGGCAUGGGUGACAUAGAGGCGCGUGCACAUGCACUGCAGACAGAGAACGAGCAAUUGAGGGCAGAGAGGGAUGUGAUCAGGAUAGAGAGGGAUGAGAUUAGGGCAGAGAGGGAUGAGAUUAGGACAGAGAGGGAUAUGUUGAUGGGUGAAAAAAAAUUCAUUGCUGGUGAAAGGGACGUGUUAAUUGGUGAGAGGGACAUGUUGCAAGGUGAAAGGGAUGUGCUGAUUGGUGAAAGGGACGUUUUGAUUGGUGAAAGGGAUAUGUUGAUGAAGGAGAGAGAUGCUUUAGCAGAGGAGAGGGAGCAGGUGGUGGUGCAGCGGGAGGGGCUGGUGGCGGAGAGGGAGGGGUUGAUGGGCGAGAUAGAGGGGCUGCUGGUGGAGAAGGGGCACGCCAGUGGCGAGCGGGAGAAGCUGCUGCUGGCACUGGAGGAGCUGCGCCACUCCCUGGCCGCCCGCGGCGAGCACAGUUCCGAGACACAGAGGCGUGCAGGGGGAGGCAUGGAAGCAGGCUCAGGGGAGUCGAGGCCGGAGACAGACGACAGUCACCGGCAGAGGGAGCAGCAGCCACGAUCACAGGAGCCACCUAGGGACAACCGGGAGCGGGAGAGGGAGGGCGAGCGACCCGCGAAGCGGCCACCCCAGCCUGGCCCUUCCCACACCCCGUUCUCGCCGCCCCUCGUCUCUCGUGCAGCCCCUUCCCCCGCUGCUGCUGCUGCCUCCACGGCCUCCCCCGCUGCGCUCCCCAGCAGCAACCUGCGCCCGCUCUCAUCCUCCUCGUCGCCCUCAGCGGCGGCUGCGGGUGCGGCAUCAGCAGCAGUGCAUGUGGACAUUGAGGCGGCCACACAUGCACGGGGCGACGAUGAAGGUGCUGUGCUGCCAGGGGACCCAUGGGAGGGAGGCAGGCAGCCAACCCUUAGCGUGGCAGUGCUCAUGGGCUUAACAUGCAUCUCCUUGCUCUUGCUGCGGCUCAUCCAUGUUCCCUCUCUCACCCCGCUCCUCCCUCUGUCGUUUCCUCUCUUAUUCUGA